GGAAUCCGGUAUCUGCGGAUUUAUAUACAAGAGAAUCCAUCGCGUUGAAUAGAUUAGUUUCAACGGAGAAAUCGAACGGUUAGUUUGCCGAUCUCAGAGAAAUAUCCAUACGUACUUACAAGAGUGACUUAUUAAAAUAUUUACUUAAAACAUCAUGAUAAAAUACGUAGUAAUCUUGUUCGCCACCUUUAUUUUGGUCCAAUCGCAGAGGCCAACUUAUGCUGGAAGUAGCAAGCCAUAUCCUGGCGUCCUUCCACAGUAUCUGGAUGAACAAACAGCAGUAGUUAGUGCUACUACUGGAACCGUCGGAAGUCGAAUCGAUGUAAACAAAACCAAUGGGCUAGCAGGAGCAGUAGGAGCUGUAGCACCUAAUACUCCUAUCACAACAUCAACGAUUCCUCCAGAUUUGCCAGUAGACGCUAUGGGAGACGUUGCCUUAGUAAAUCGAAUCAAAACCUGGCCGAGAGACAAACAACCGUUUUGGUUUAUAAAUUGGCAACAAAUUCAAGAACACCGCGGUGACUCAAAAAAUAGAGCUCAACCAGUUGAAACGCAACCGAAUCAGAGACCGUUUUUCGCGGGUUAAAUAUUUCGAAUUUCGUUGUUUCGUAUUUAAUUUCAGACGGCGUACAUUGCAUUGUCGUUAUUUUGCUAGUCAAAUUAAAUCUUAUGUACGACUUAAUCUUGAUACAGUUACUUUAUCGAUACAGGAUUAAAUAUUCAAUGAAUUUCGAUAGUCGAAGUAAAAAUAUGCUUCGAAUCAGUAUCAAUGUCUGUGUAUAAAAAUCAUUAUUUCAUAUAAGGAGAGAAAAGGGAGCGUUUGUAAUAUCGUUUUUAAGCUGUGUGUUUUUUACGAAGGAAUAAAAAGAUAGUAAUUAGACGUGGUAAA